UGCUGUGAAAAUAUCGUCGGUUAUGCGUGCACAUACUGUGUAAUAAUACAUAUGAAAAUUGUUUUUAACAUAUAAAGAUUACCUGCAGAUAAGGUGAAGGUAUCAAUUCUUGAGCUACUGGGAAGAUCAAAAAGACUAUUUUAUUUACACAACGAUUACAAAUCGAUAACACUGUUAUCAAUGUGUAACUAAAUGCAGCAAUAAUAAUAUUUAUUGACAAUUAUUUAUUUUCAUUAAGGGUCGCAAGGAGCAAUCUCCCGUAGUGGCUUUCAAACUUUGAACACAUUAACACGUCCAUGCUAACACAUGUGUAUCAUUUAAGAAAAGUGGUACUAAUGCUUUUGUAUUGCAAGCAGAGCAAAUUAUACGACUUUUUUAUUUGAUAUUCGCUAAAAAAUAAAAAAAAAUAAAAAUUGUUUAGAUUUUUUUUUUAUCUAUCUAGUCAAAGUUUGUGGUUCUUAAUUUAUAUUAAAUGGCAAAAAUGCUCAUAAGGACUAGACAAUAUGAACGUAAACAUAGAGUUGCGACAAUAGUGCGUGUGGUUUUGUUUUUCGGCAUCCCUAUUGUUUAUAUGGUGGCAAAAUCUAUUGCAAGCAAUCAAGUUAUCGUUUUUGAUGAACCUGAGGCGUUUUCGUCGCGGCAUCUUCUGGGCAUCGUAGAGAUUGAAAGGAACUGCACUCCAGCAGCUAUCCUUGAGUUUCCAUCUGACGGCUUGACACGUUUCCAAAGGCAACAUGGCUUCAUACUGUUACACUGUUUUCUAGCUUUGUACUGUUUUCUACUGCUCGGUAGUGUUUGCGAAGAUUAUUUCGUACCGGCCAUUGAAAUUAUUUGCGAGCGUUUAAACAUAGCUUCGGAUAUCGCAGGCGCAACUUUCAUGGCAGCAGCCAGUUCAAGCCCAGAGUUGUUCAUUAAUUGCGUGGGUACCUUCGUCACUGAAGGAGAUCUGGGCGUUGGUGCUGUGGUUGGGUCUGCAGUUUUCAAUGUCUUAGCAGUUCCGGCAUGCUGCGCGCUUUUCGCUGGGGCAGUAAUAGAAUUGGACUGGUGGUCAGUCACCAGGGAUUGCAUGAUGUACGCAGUUGCCGUGGUCGCCCUUAUCUUGACUCUCCUCGAUGACAAAAUAUACUGGCACGAAGCUCUGCUUCUCGUACUUAUGUACACAUUUUAUAUAUUAGCAAUGGUUUUCAACAAUCGACUGGGUUCAGUGGUCAAGAGAGGCUGUUGUUUUUUCAAAAAGUCCAAAACAUACACUGAAGUCACACCACUACUCAUCAAAGAAAAAAUCAACCCUUUAGAUGCAUCACAACGUAUGACGCCCCGUUCUGUUCAAAACGGUGACCUGGAGCGAGGAAUAGAAAUGACGAGAAGACACGAUUCUACGGGAUCAGAUAUAAGCACUAGCUCAGUUUGGUCUUUUCCUGGCGAUAAGAUAUCAUUUUGGAAGAAAUUAUUCUGGGUACUGACAUGGCCGAUUCGACUUAUCCUUUGGGCUACAAUACCCGACUGCAGGCAUCGACACAGCAUUUAUCCUCUAACCUUCAUCAUGUGUAUUACGUGGAUAGGCAGUGUGUCUUACCUAGUCGCUUGGAUAAUUACUGUUGUUGGCGACACUCUGAACGUUCCCGACAGUAUAACAGGACUUACGAUUCUCGCAGCUGGUACAAGUCUCCCUGAAGCAGUUUCAAGCGUUCUCGUUACUAAACAAGGGCACGGCACAAUGGGUAUAAGCAACUCAAUUGGAUCCAACACAUUCGACAUAUUACUGUGCUUAGGACUGCCAUGGCUAGUGAAGUCAUUGUUUUAUCCAAGCACUCCAGAAAACCAUUGGGUUACAAUAAAUUCUAGCGGUCUGUCCUACAGUGUAAUCUCACUUCUAUCGACUUUAUUCGCGCUGUACGGAUGUCUUUCACUCAACAAGUUUCAAUUAGAUUGGAAGGUUGGCAUUACAUGCAGCGUUGUAUAUGCCGGUUUCUUAACUUUGGCUGCUUUGAUUGAGCUCAAUGUGUUUUUUGUUGUCAAUCUACCUGUUUGCCCACAUUAAUAUCAAUUUUUUUUAUUUAAGACUGCAUUUUGUAUUAAAUCGACUGAGAUAACAAAAAAAAAUGACAGCAAUGUGUAGAUUGUUAUUGAUUAAUAAAUUGAUUCUGUAGAAAACUAUUUUUUUUUAAAAGAACUGAUCAUAAGACUACAUGUUUUAUUAAAGUGAUCGAUUUAAGAUUUAAACUUAUAAAUAGCGAUAAAAAAUUAGCAUAUACCAUUUGUGAUUAGUACUUAAUAAAUAUUUAAUCUCUUUUAA